AUGACAGGCAGUCAGACUUGACGGUUGAAUAUUUUAAUGAUUGCAUGAUUAGGCCAGCUCACUGCUGUCGUCAACACUUAAUCACCGAGUGCUGAAGAUAAGACACCGUUUCAAAUAGUUACCCGCGUCUCGUCCAAAGUGAUAAUUUCUAGCGGACUAAAGGCGAGCGCGCGCAUUUUCAUCUUAAUUCAGUUUUGAUCGUCUGCGUUGCUCGUCGUGGCCGCAAUGGAAAUCAGUUUGAGCCAUCAUCUAAAUACAUCAUUCUCGGGAAGUUUAGUCAUAGCAAGUGACAGCCAUCAAACAGUCCACAAGACAUCCACUAUCGAAUGAACAUGUCUUUGCCUUGAUGACAAUUGCCUCGAAGUUUUUAUUUCGUCAGGAUUUUGAGAGCGCUGAAAUUUAUUGGUUCAUUACAGUUUGACUAUAGGAGAUCACUGUUGGAGUUAAUCAGAGUUGAUAUCUCAUUGGAUUCUCUAGAAGAACUUUGCGCGGCUAAUUGAAACAUUUUCAGGAUAAGACUUAUUUUCUUGAGAACUUGGAUAGUACAAAUAUUUUUUGAUUAUCACAGUUCGACUGCAAGAUAUUGGUUUAAUCAAAUCUUUCCACACUUUCAUUGAGUUCUACAAAGAAUAUUCGAUCAGCAGUUGUUAUUUCUCAACGGAAAGCAUCAACAUAUUUUCGAUAUAAAUCAAGCGUUUUCUCAAACUUCCGUGGGCCUCUCGGAGGCAAAAGAAGGACUGUACGCACAAUGAUCUACGAAUGAUUUUUAUAUUUUGUGAGAGGUGCUGAUAACUUCUUAAAGAAUCUUGGAACUAUUUAAACCGAAAGUGGCAUCGUGGGAAAAUAAGUUUCCUUUUCCCCAGAACCUUCUGCUACAAGUUUUAUGUGAAGUGGUGAUAACCUGGAUAAGAGCAUCUGCGGAUAUAGAAGUGCAAAAAUGGCAAUAUUAAAAGGAAUAACGAUCCAUUCAAACAUGAUUUUAUCCUGGAUGUGGCUCGUGGUUGCCGUUACCAGUGUAGGAGCAAUAUCGUUUCGGGAACAACCAGAAAGUAUAACAGCCAUCGGUGGGGAGACCAUCGUACUUCACUGCGCUGUCAACAACCAAGCCGAUAUUCCUCUCUACUGGCAGAACCUUGAUACCGCUUCCUACAUUAGCUUAAACCGAAGGAUGAACCCCUACGGCCAGAUUGGGGAAGAGCAAUUGAGCAGAUUUGAAGUGACAGGCAAUGUUGAAAGAGGCGAGUACCAUCUACAGAUCACCAACGUAUCGAAGGCCGACGAAGGCAGGUAUGCUUGUGUGUUCUUUCUGAACUUUAAUUACUACAGUCAAGUUGCCAAGGUUAGGGUAGUUCGACCACCGGAUCGUGGCUACCCAAAGUGCGCCAUUGAUCCCAUCCAGAGAGCCAAUGUCGGUGAUAACAUCACAUUGUCUUGUGAGUCCCGUGGGGGCGAUCCACCGGCGACUUUGUCCUGGGUUCGAGGAACGACGCGGUUGAUCACGAAGAGAGGGCGCCAACACAAAGGUGACCCGGUUGUCCAUUAUUCCACGACGUUGACAGAAGAAGAUUCUGACGUCCGUUUCACGUGCGUGGCUACCAACUCUGCCUUGGAGCAACCGAUCACAUGUUCCCUGACCCCACUUCGUAGCAGCCUGGGUGUCUUACUUCGACCUGUAGUCGCCAGCGUGGAGGUUGGCCAAGCUUUCACAUUUGCCUGUAUCACAGAGAGAAUGCCUAAUCUUGCGUACCAGUGGUACAUCAACAACGAACUCAUCGACGGGCGAGAACCGCGAUUCACCUACCUCCGUGGAGGUCAGAGACUUCUGAUCGAGGCCGUCACCAUGGAAGACGACUAUGCUCUGGUUAAAUGUGAGGUCACCCAGAAGGAUUACAGUUAUUCCGGAUCGGCAGUGGGUCUCCUUUGGGUGCAGUCCAACAGGAUCAGCACGUCCGAUGUCCAGGAAACUGCAACCGAAGCACCUUCACCACGCGGUGACCACGCGGCAACUACCACAUCAGCAAAGGCAACUACAGCGCCUACUACUCUCGCAACGACAACGCUUUCAACCACAGCAUCACCUCCAACCACCACAAUACCUACAACAAAAGCAACGACAAUGAAACCGACAACAAAAGCAAUAACGGAACGACCUACAAUUCCCCAAGUGCCUCUUGUGGUCAAUGAUGGAAAUAUUGUGAUUUACGAGUCUUCGUCGUCGUCGUCGGUUUCAUCAGAUAUCUUUUCCAGUUUAAGUUCGGUAUCAUCGCUAUCGUCUGACAACGAGGUACUGGCUCCUGAAAGCGAGACCACGGGCUUGGUAGACAUUUCAGUUCCAACUGAAACCAGCGCUCCUGCCGAAGCAGAAGCAUCUACGACAGAGGUAACCAAGACACAGCCUCCAGAAAUGUCCGGUAACGACCUGACUCCUACUGAAACUCAGGAAGAAACAAAUGCAAAUAUUAUCCUAAAUGCAACCAGUCCCGUUGAAAACUCAACGAAUAACCUUGUAAAUGUUUCUGUAACCUCAUCUACAAGUGCAACUGAUGUCAUGGAGGUGGGUAGUGGUGAUAGUAUUGGCAUUCCGAUUGAUGAGACAAACAUUUUUACAGAUCAAGAACUGCCACCGCCGAACAAAACCGACCGAUUACGCGGGACUCCGAACUGGGGGUUGAUCGCGGGGUUGUUCGUCGUCUUCCUCCUCGUCGUCGUCGCGCUCAGUGCCUUAGCGGUAUUUCUAUAUAAAAAGCACGGCAAAGAAGCGACCUCGACGCCAUCCACGUGAUCGUAAAGAGGUAUUCAGUUGAACAUCGAAAACAAUUCCUCUCUGUCAGGGCCUCUUGGUAGCCUGAAACGUGAAACAAAUACGUGAUGUUUUUGCAGAUUAUUGGAGUUGGAUUUUACACACUGUGCUGCAGUAUUGAAUUCUAGUCAGCUGCGGCAGAAAAAAAUGAAGUUCUAUACCUGUUCAACCAGUUUGCAAUAUCAUCGAGAUGCCUGACAUUAGUUUUAUAAAUCUGGAACAAGGUGCUUAAUUCAUUAGGUUUCAUCCAUAAAAAAGGGUAAUAGUGGACGUGUCGUGGAGUAUAGAGGUUCUUACUCUUGCCUUGCAAUUAGAUGGUCGUGUGUUCGAAACCCAUCGCGGCACUAGCGUCAUUUGACAAGAAGUCAAUCUACACUUUGUCAUGUUUUGAACGGGUAAAUGAAUCAAAUCCAAUAAAGUGCGAGUACCAACUGAUCUUAGAAGCGCUGGAAUGCUCCCAGAAAGUACAAUUUGCGGGCAGAGCGUUCAAUCAUCUGUUCAAAACGUAUUAAGCGCGAUAUAGAUUUUGUCAUAGUGACAAGACAUUUUUGAAUUGUUACUUCUAUUUCUGGUGUGUCAAACGUGUAAACUUUGUAUAUAUCGGUGUAAAUAAUAUUGUACAGGUUCAAUAGUGAGGUUAUUAUAAGUUUUUUUUCUACACUGAAGUUCGUGAGUGGGUGCUCUUCAUGAAUCUAGAAAUAAUCUCUUGUAUUUUCAUUUUCACUAUUCGUCAAAGCCCGACAUAAAUUAUGAUAGUUUUUCAGAAAAUAUUGCAGGAUAAUAUAAAAAAAGGGUUAUGAAUUAGCUUGAAUUUAUGAUAGAUUCAAGGAGGAAAAUCACCACUGUGGUUUUGAUAGUUUUAUGAGAUUAGAUAACAUAUCGAAUAUUCUUCAAAGUAACUGCCGAUAGAUGUUUGGACAUGCAAACAACCUAUGAUUCAAAAAUUUAGUUACGAAGGAAAUUUACUUGAGAAUGUUUCUUCAACCCUUUUAAGGCCAUGCAGCAUUUGAAGAUAUUUGAUCUCAAUUAAUGCUUAUCCUCAAUCUAUUGUUGAACUAAAUAAUAGUAUAAAACUAUCACCAGUGUCAACGAUUCCUUCCAUUAUUUUGCUCAAUCUUUUACAUUUUAACUUUUACCAUAAUAAACAUUAAUAUCAUUAAUUAUACUACGUUUUCCCAAAAUGGUCCAAAGCGCAGACAACCAGGAAAACAACUUUUACAUUUAAAAUUUAAUUUUUCGUCAUGUGUUACUUAAUUGUUCACGCUAUGAGGCACACAAUAAUAUAUGACUAAUGACCUACAACUGUUGACCCUAAUAACACAGGUGUAUGCACGUGGAUGCAAUUCAUUUUCGUAGUACACUUGUCAUUUUUUUCUGAUGAAUUUGAAAGUGCGACGACAGACCUUAUGUUUUGACCAUGGUCAUAUCUAACACCUGACCCAUCAUUAAUCCACGAAGAGACAUUUCCCCUCAAAAGGUGCUAAAAUUCUUUUUUUUUAAUUUCAGGGGGUAAUACCUCGGUCACAAUUGUUCUACGGCUGCCAUACGGUGAGUCGAAACAGUCGUUUUAACAUUUUUGUACCAGCUACAUAUGUGGUUGAUUUGAUAUUAAUAAAACGGCGGUUUUUUGACUCGCCUCACGGCCGCCGUAGCGCAAAUGUGACCGAGGUAUAAUGUGUUAUUUUCAUUUUAAAUAGUGCACCUUAUCUAUAUUGAGAAAGACUAUGGACACGUUUUUUUUUCUUGGGGGUAUUAAUGCUUGAUAAUUUUACAUUAUACUUUUUAAAAGAUAUAUAUCACAGAAGAAAUUAAUUGGUUGAAAAUGUAAACAAUUUUUGAAGACAAUAUUUUCAGCUUUCAUUUUUGAUUUCAUUGGUGUGACUCAAACAUAGAGGUUGUUCUCUCGUCUUAGUUUCCCACCAUUUCGAGUAAUUUGUCAUAAUCCCUCUAUUUAAAUUAUUAAGACAUGAAUAUCAGCAUGAGACAUAUUCCUAUUAUGUCUUCUAUCAAGUAGAAUGGUAAAAUUGCCCAUUACUUGCUGCUAUUUAUCAUAAAAGAGAAAUGUGUCGAUACAUUUAUAUUUUGAAGGCUAAACAUGCAAAGUGACACAAACUUUCCUUUCAUGUGAUUAACAUCAUUUGGAUUGUUCAGAUAACGAUUGCACCCAGUUUCACCCGAUCAAAAUCAUAAUGGAAAUAAUGAAAAUCUUAAUUCAUAAAUUUUUAAAUGUCUAGGAUAAGAUAGAAAUAUAAACCUCAUGAAUAUUUAAAGAUGGCCCUCAAAUUUUUAAUGAUUUUAACCCAAUCAGAAAUGAUCCUUUCACUUCAGGUAUUAACAUCAU